GCUGUGGGUGGUGGUAUGCUCCGGUGGAAAAACCCUCCCCGCAGUGGAUGUCCACCCACUCUCAUCCUAAGCUGCAAAUAUGCACCACUGUCUCUCUGUCUCUGAGCUCAUACUCGCUAUCUGCUGUUCAUCCAACGAUGCCGCGCUUGCAAAUCUCGCUCAAACUUGCAAGACGUUUCAAGAGCCGGCGCUGAAUGUGCUUUACAGCGACCUUGAUUGCAUGUCAAAGUUGUUGAUGUGCCUCCCCCAGGAUCUUUGGCGUGUUGAGGAGGGUGAUACAAAUGAGCAAGCUAAUUUGUCAUUUACGCGCCAGCUACAGCCGGCCGACUGGCAGGUGCUGCAGCGAUACGCCGCACGCGUCCGAUUCCUCCGGAUCGGCGGGGCUAUUUGUCAGGCGCCUAUUGGAAGCCUGUUCGAGGAUCGGUAUCGCGUCGAUGAUCCCCUGUUUCCAAAUCUCACAACUCUGACGAUCUAUGCGGAUGGCUGUUAUCCUCCCUGCGUACUAUUAUUCCUCGGACCGAACCUUCGUACGCUGGUGCUCGACAACUGUGACUUGCACGCGCGUUUUCUUCGCGGCGUCGUAGACCACGUUCAUCUCAGCCAAGGUAUUAAGCACCUCAAAGUCAUUCGCAACGAUUCGUACUGGCUUGAGGACGAAGAGGAUCCGGGGGAUGCGGUGGUGGAUCCGGAGUCGUUAGCGCAGCUGAGACAGCUGGAAACGUUGACGUUCGAGGAAGAGAUCACACCGGAGCUGCUCACGGCCAUAUCCAGUCUCCAAUCGUUGACUUCCCUCAGAAUUGUCGUUCCCCCCACUUUGCGACUCGAGAGCCGACCAAAUCUUGGGCAUUUUCCCCGCCUUCGGCACCUAGACCUUCAAGGUGCUCCUCCUGAGGAAUACGGAUACCUGUUGCGUUAUGCAUACGACUCGGAUUUGAGCGCCGUCGAGCAGCUCGAGGUCUGCUUCAACGAGUGCGAGGGACACAACUUCGCUCGCUUUCUAGAGACCCUCGAUUCAACCCUUGGUAAAUCUACUCCAGACUUAAACUCUCGCAAGAAUGCCAUGCGUACUUUGCAUAUAACACAGUCCUCUCCGUCUUCUCUUGGCGACACAGUUAAAGGCGAUGCACUUCGCCGCCUCUUUUGCUUUGGCGAGCUCACUGAGCUGGUUAUCACCCCAUUCCUUGUUCUCGAGCUCGAUGACGUCCUCAUGCAGGACCUGUCCUCGGCGCUUCCGCACCUGUGCCACUUUGACCUCAUCGCCAAGUACCCUGACAGCCCCAACGUGACACUAACAGGCCUCGCCAGCGUAAUACGCAAUUGUCGUAGUUUACGACAACUGGCUCUGUCAGUCGACGCUACAGUGGUACGCAAUCGGGAUCAUCACGGCACGGUGACAAGUAUAGAGCCGCACAUGAAUCUGUCAGCGCUGGGCGUCGGAAGAUCUCCUAUGGACGAUCCGGCGUUCGUCGCGCAACAGUUAUCAGCUAUGGCUCCCAAACUGUGCAAGAUAACGGUCGCACGACAGGUCGUGCGCGUUUUACAUCCUCCAAGAGACGAUAUAUAUAUUCGGUGGACGCGGGUACAAACGAUACUAAGGUCGCAUAUACCGGAAUAGUCUACCCGUAAAUGUUGGACCCAGAUAUUCUGAUUCACGACCGCUGCACGAUACAUUCGUUUCUGUGUAUACGUAGCGAACGAAUUCUCCACAUACAUAUGUUAGUAGAUAGUUAUUCCAGCUAAUCUGAUGUCUGCUAAACUCCAGACU